AUGUGCCCUAAGUGUUGUGACUUGACUUCAUGCAAGUGCCCUAAGUGUUGUGACUUGACUUCAUGCAUGUGCCCUAAGUGUUGUGACUUGACUUCAUGCAUGUGCCCUAAGUGUUGUAACUUGACUUCAUGCAAGUGCCCUAAGUGUUGUGACUUGACUUCAUGCAUGUGCCCUAAGUGUUGUGACUUGACUUCAUGCAUGUGCCCUAAGUGUUGUGACUUGACUUCAUGCAUGUGUCCUAAGUGUUGUGACUUGACUUCAUGCAUGUGCCCUAAGUGUUGUGACUUGACUUCAUGCAUGUGUCCUAAGUGUUGUGACUUGACUUCAUGCAUUGCCCUAAGUGUUUGUUGUGACUUGACUUCAUGCAUGUGCCCUAAGUGUUGUGUCUUGACUUCAUGCAUGAGCCCUAAGUGUUAUCUGAAGCUGCACAGACACUUUGAGAAUGCAAACAUUUUGAAAUAUUAA